UCGGGAGGUGAGGCGGUGGUGAUGCAGCCAGGCACUUAUUCAGCUAGGCAGUCAGGCGAGUAAGUCGCUGCUCCGCGCUCCGUAUGGUUACGCACUUAAAGUCCCUGUGGAACAUAUUUUUACUUUCUAGUUUUCUGUUGCUACCUCCGAAAGGAUUGUUUUGGAUGUGUUCUGAACGUACACCUUUUAGGCUAUUGUGUUAUCUCAACGUAGGUGGACUAACUGUAGGGGUAUUUGUGUUCAACCACUUAUUGCUUGUUUUUUCUACACGUAUAGCGUUGCUUCCAAGAAUCCGUGCGCUUUUCGGAUGUGUUUGCGGAGCAGCUUGACUAAAAUACUCGCGGAGCGAGGGGGACAAUAGUCUAGCAACAUAUUGCAGCUUCGCACGGACCGGAGAGGGAGAGCGCAAGAUUCGUAAAACUGUGACGCAUGAAUAGUAGGCUAGCCUAGACUAUGAAAAGGUUUGCAAUGAUGAAAAUGUGUUUGAAAACUAACAUCACCGGAAGCAGAGCCAUGCUCUCCCUCUCACUUACUUUGUAAUAAGGAAGAUCUGUGUCCAUUGUAAGUGCAGGCUUGAGGAGCAUGUGAUGACGGCCGUGCCUCUAGAGAUGGAGAAGACCGUCACUAAGCUGAUGUAUGACUUCCAGAGGAACUCCACCUCAGACGACGACUCAGGCUGCGCGCUGGAGGAGUAUGCCUGGGUGCCCCCGGGGCUCAAACCUGAACAGGUUCAUCACUACUACAGCUCCCUGCCCGAGGACAAGGUUCCCUAUGUGAACAGCCCAGGAGAGAAGCACCGCAUCAAACAACUCCUCCAUCAGCUGCCCCCACACGACAAUGAGGUUCGUUACUGUAACACUUUGGACGAUGAAGAGAAGAGGGAGCUCAAACUCUUCAGUAACCAACGGAAACGGGAGAAUCUGGGCCGCGGCAAUGUGAGACCAUUUCCCGUGACGAUGACUGGAGCGAUCUGUGAGCAGUGUGGAGGGCAGAUAAACGGAGGUGACAUUGCAGUGUUUGCGUCGCGGGCGGGCCACGGCGUGUGUUGGCACCCUGGCUGCUUCGUGUGCAGCAUGUGUGACGAGCUGCUGGUGGACCUCAUCUACUUCUACCAGGAAGGGAAGAUCUACUGUGGUCGGCACCACGCAGAGAGACUCAAACCACGCUGCUCUGCCUGCGACGAGAUCAUCUUUGCGGACGAGUGCACGGAGGCGGAGGGCAGGCACUGGCACAUGAAGCACUUCUGCUGUUUCGAGUGUGAGACGGUGCUGGGCGGCCAGCGGUACAUCAUGAAGGAGGGCCGGCCCUACUGCUGCAGCUGUUUCGAGUCCCUCUACGCAGAGUACUGUGACUCCUGCGGGGAGCACAUCGGCAUUGACCAGGGCCAGAUGACAUAUGACGGGCAGCACUGGCACGCCACAGAGGGCUGUUUCUGCUGUGCCCGCUGUAAGAGCUCCCUCCUAGGUCGCCCCUUCCUGCCCAAACAUGGACAGAUCUUCUGCUCGCGCUCCUGCAGCCUGGGGGAGGAGCCUAACGGGUCAGACUCCUCAGACUCCGCCUUCCAGAGCGCACGCUCCACUCGAGAGUCCCGCCGCAGCUCCAAGGCUGGAAAGAACGGGGGUCAGGCAGGGAGGUGUUCGGGUGAGGUGGACCCUCUCUCCUUACAGAUGGACCUGCUGAGUCUGUCUAGCCAGACGCCCAGUUUGACCCGCGAGCCGCCCGCAUGGAAGAGCCAGGGACAGGGGCGUGACACGUACCCCUACGAGGGCCGAUCAAACCCCACAGCAACACCCACCCCACUCCAUCUGCUCAGCCAAUGCAACGUCAGGACUGCAUAUAACUCCACCUCCCCCGGGCAGGGCAACCAACCAAACCACAGGUCCAAGGAGACGGGUGUCACCAAGAGGCCACCCAUCUCAGCCCUGAAAGGCCGCUCUAUGAAUGAGAACUGGUUCCAUCAGAGUUCAGAGGACUACUAUCCCCCCAAACUGAAACCCCAGCAAAGCUUUGACGUACCCCACGGCUUGUCCUACCACAACGGCUUCUCUGACAAGCGCUCGGUCAGUCUGCAUGUGUUCCAGAAGGACAGGGAGGUGGGGCCUCCCCAGAUGGGGCGCAGCAGGAACCCCAUCAGCGCACUUAGCUUCACGGAGCAGCUCACUCCCCUAGAGCAGACACCCAGGGGUUCCAUGGAGUCACUAGCCCUGUCCAACGCUACAGGAACGUCAGCAGACGGAGGAGGGAAGCGCCAGGAGCACCUGUCUCGUUUCUCCAUGCCAGACCUGAGCAAAGACUCUGGCAUGAACGUGUCAGAGAAGAGCAACAUGGGCACCCUCAACUCCUCGGUCCAGUUCCACAGCUCUGACUCCAUGCACAGCCUCACCUCAGGCCAGCCCUACAUGGAGCUGGAGCCCCCAGUGCAUGUGCAGUAUCCUCUGCAGUACUGUGAGCCCCCAGGCCUGGGGAUGGGUAUGAGCCACCUGCCAGCCGGCUUCACCUACCAGGAGGAGGACAGGGUCAGCCUGGUGAGCAGCGCCAACGCUGCCCGCCUCCCGCCCAUCAGCGAGCGCACGCGGAGACGAGGAGAGGGCCCGGGCAUGGCUGCCCCUGAAGACACCCCUCAGCGCCGGAGACACAAUCACCACCGCUCCCGUCGCUCCAGACGCUCCCGAUCGGAGAACGCCCUGCACCUGGCCGCUGAGCGCAGGGAGAGGCCCCAGCUGAGAGUCAGAGAGGACUAUGACCAGUUUCCCCCUCCGCGGGGCACUAGGGACACAUUUGGGAGUGCAGGGGGGAGGUGCAGGGGGCCGGAGCCAUUCAGGCAGUGCCCUCGCACCACCUCUGACCUCACCCUGCAGAAGCCCAGUGCCCACCGCCGUCUCGCCGGGCCCUACUCCUGGGACGACUACGAGGAUGAGGACGAGUGGUGCUCCACCUGCUCUUCAUCGUCUGAGUCGGAGGACGAGGGUUACUUCCUGGGAGAGCCCAUUCCUAGGCCCGUGCAGCUGAGGUACCUGAGCAGCCAAGAGCUCCUCCACAAGUACAGCUCCACGGGGGUGGGCGGUCCGCACCAAAUGAGCGGCAGAGGGGGACAGCUGCACACCCGCAAACGCCGGAAAAGCAAGAACUGCAUAAUCUCUUAAAAUUCACACCAUGGAAAGAGUCAAGAGAAAGUGCCCUCCCUCCCCCAGUAUACACUAACAUAGUUCAUCUGUUCAGAAAAGAGAAACAGACUUCUCAAGUUGAUGAGUAUUGUGAGGUUGACAGUGUUUUGAUAUGCAGUUGGGUAAACGGUUAACAGCACAAAUGUGUUGCAUGUUUAUCCAUUUAAUGUUUCAGAACAAGUUAUCCUGAUUAUUGGUUAUAUUUCUCUGACUCUCACACUGCACUCUGCUUGUCUGUCACCAUAUUUAUCAAAGCCAAAGUGCACUCGUAAUAAUAAUGUCAUUUCCAUGCAGCAACAGUAAGGUACAGACAAUUCAGUAAGGUCCAGCUUUUUCAUGCAAUGUGAUUUAGGUAUAUACCAGUGUACUCAAGUUUAUAGGCUGUACUGUAUAUACGUAAAUGAAUGAAUAAAUUCACUAAAUUAAGGAAGCAAUGUAAAUACUAUGUAAAUGAAGUCCCACAUAUUUUUAUAUUUUGUAUGGAUAGAAUCAUUGAUGUAUUGAAUAUCUAUAAUGUAGGACUAGAAAAUGCAUGCCCGUAAUUUGUUGAUGUGGUCCUGCAUUGGAAUAAAAUAGUAUUUCAGACAGAGA